UCCAUAUAUAUACGUAUAAUAUAUAUACAUAUACAUAAAUAAAUAUAAAUCCACCUUUUAAACCCCAUACCCCCAACUCAUACAAAUCAAAUUCCCCAAAAGCCAUAUAAAAAAAUCCCCAAAAUUUUACAAAAAAAUAAAAAUAAAUUAAAGAUGCGUGGCGAGUAUGUGAAAUACAAAGAAGUUUUUGGCACGAAUAAAUUGAACAGAAAAGAAGUUCGGUAUUAUUUGAUUCGCCGUGAUGGAACUUCCGAUUUGGCAGUAAUCGGAAAACAAAUCAACAACAAUGAUAAAAAAUUAGGGCAUAAUUCCAAUACGACGUCGUUUCGUUAUCGAUUUGCAAUUCAUGAUAAAUUGGGGGAUUUUCCGUUAAAACUCAGAUCUCGGAAAGAUGUUAUUGUUUUCUUAACCUCCCUUGUUACCGAGUUUCUGUGGGUCGGUUCUUCUUGGGCCUGCAAGAAAAAGAGGAAGCACUAUGAAGCUUAUAGCCGUAGUGGCAUACGAAUCUCGGUUCAUGAUUUUGUGUAUGUAUUAGCUGAAGAAGGCAGGCGGCUUGUUGCUUACUUGGAUGAUUUAUAUGAGGAUUCCAGAGGAAACAAAUUGGCAGUGGUACGAUGGUUUCACAAAAUUGAUGAAGUUGCUCUUCCUUUACCUCUUAGUUACAAUGACAAAGAGAUUUUCUUUUCACCUUGUCUCCAAGAUCUUAGCAUCAAGUGCAUUGAUGGAUCAGCAACUGUUCUCAGCCCUCGAAACUACAAAAGCUUUCUCAAACUGAAUGCUCACACAAUCUUGGAACCGUUUGUAUGCCGAUAUCAAAUUGAUAAUGAAGUUGUCAAGCCCUUUGAUGUAACUCAACUUAAAGGUUACUGGAAUCAAAUUAUACAUAAGUUCAUCUCUACUGAUGCUGCUGGUAUCAGACCUAAGAAACGACUUAGGAGACUGGUCGAUGGUGAAUAUAAUUCUGAGAAUAGAAAGUCUGCAGAAAAUGUCGUUAGUCUAAAAGCUUGUACUCAAAAACAUGGGUACACCAUAGGUGAUGAAAUCGAGGUACUAUCACAAGAUAGUGGGAUUAAAGGUAUGUGGUUUAAAGCAACGGUUAUCAAAAAUCAUAGAGAUAAACUUAAGGUGAGGUAUCGAGAUAUUAAGGAUGCGGCAGAUGAAUCGAUGUACCUUGAGGAAUGGCUCUUAUCGUCAAGAGUCGCUGAUGACGAUCAAUUGGGUAUCCGUCAUAGAGGAAGGACGAUUGUUAGACCGUCUCGGUUGACCAAAAAGAGUGAUUAUUCUUCAGUUGAAGUUGGUUCCAUUGUGGAUGCAUGGUUGCAUGAUGGGUGGUGGGAAGGGAUUGUUGUCCAUAAAGAAUCUGAUGACAGCAUCCAUGUAUAUUUCCCAGGGGAAAAACAAAGAUUGAUCGUGGGUUGCAAGGAUCUGAGAUAUUCAGAAGAAUGGUUGGAAGGUCGAUGGAAGCAAAUGAAAGGGAGACCAGAUCUUCUUGACUCGUUUUCUUGUACCCCUGAAAGUAAUUCGCAUGAUAAUGCAUCUGAUCUGACCAGAAUAAUUCAUGAAAAAGAGAUAGGGAUAGGUGUUGCAGGUAAAGAUAUUGAAGUGGGUCAUUCUAAGGAAGAUUUACUUGCUCGUUUGCCCUGGAAUUGGUCUACCAAAAAAAAGCGUUGUUAUGCUUCUAACAUUAACAAUUUAGUAGCAGCGGAGACUAGAAAGCUGAUGGUUUUUUGAGGCCCUGCUUGGUUGAAGUGGACCGUCAAAGCUGAAAGUUCAUUUGCGACUCAUCUCCUUUUUGUGCUUUAGUAGCUUCCCCUUAAACAAGUAUUGUCAUGUCCAGGUGAAAAUACAUUUGUUUGGUGUUCUUAUAAAUAGAACUAUGCACAUUUGGUUUGUUGGUUAGUCAAAAGAGUGUUUUUGCUUUUUUUGAUACCGCGGACGUACUUUUUUAGGAUUAGACUAUUUGGGGGCUAACCUUUUUGUGCUCAAAAUUUGACCCAAAUAUGAAGUAGAGCACUUAGACUGACCUAGUGAGAUCUAGUUUUUGCAGUUAUAUAAUUAGAAGUUUGUACUUUGUAGCAAUCAACAGUGAAAUAAUGCACACAACGGUGGGUUUUAUCUUGGUUUCAA